AUGAGUGAUCCAGCUUCUGGUGGUAUUUUUAGUACCGAUUUUAAAAGACAUGAAGAUUUAAAACAAAUGCUUGAUAGCAAUAAGGACAACUUGAAAUUAGAUGCUAUGAAGAGAAUUGUGACGAUGAUGUCUCGUGGUCGAAAUGUAUCUAGUUUGUUUCCAGCAGUAGUCAAGAAUGUGGUGUCCAAAAACAAUGAGAUCAAAAAGUUGGUAUUUGUUUAUUUAGUGCGAUACGCUGAAGAACAGCAAGAUCUUGCUUUGCUAUCUGUUAGCACCUUCCAAAAGUCAUUAAAAGAAUCCAACCAGUUGAUACGUGCUAGUGCCCUUCGUGUUCUGUGUAGUAUUAGAGUUCCUGUAAUUGUUCCUAUUAUGCUCUUAUCAAUAAAAGAGGCUGCUGCAGAUUUAUCUCCAUUUGUAAGAAAAACUGCUGCCAAUGCUAUCGUGAAAAUAUACAGCUUAGAUCCUGAGCUCAAAGAUGCCCUAGUUGAAAUUAUCGAAAAGUUACUAAAAGACAAAACUACUUUAGUUGCUGGAAGUGCUGUUAUGGCUUUCGAAGAAGUGUGUCCGGAACGCAUUGAUCUCAUUCACAAAAACUAUCGUAAACUAUGUAAUUUAGUAAUGGAUAUUGACGAAUGGGGACAAGUAACAGUCAUCAACAUGCUGACUAAAUACGCCAGAUCACAGUUUCUGGACCCCAAUCAAAACGAAACGGAAGGCGAAGAACCUUUUUAUCCUGACGACGAUGAUGAAGAGGAAGCCAAGGAUGAAAGUGAAAAUGGAGAAGCGAAUGAACCGAAGAAGAAGCCUUAUUUUAUGGAUGCUGAUCAUAGACUGCUCCUUAGAACAACUAGACCUCUACUUCAGAGUAGAAAUGCUGCUGUCGUAAUGGCAGUAGCCCAAUUAUACUAUUAUUUAGCUCCUCGUCUAGAAAUGGUAUCAAUAAUAAAGCCUCUUGUACGUCUCCAGAGGAGUCAUAAAGAAGUACAAAUUAUAUCUUUAACCAUGAUGGCUACAAUGUCAGUCAACUCGAAAGGUCUAUUUGAACCUUACCUUAAAAGUUUUUAUGUGCGCUCUACAGACCCUAUACAAGUUAAAUUACUAAAGUUGGAAAUUCUAACCAAUAUUGCAACUGAAUCUACAAUACCUGCAGUUUUAAAAGAAUUUCAGACUUACGUAACAGGUAACGAUAGAGAAUUUGCUGUUGCUACUGUGCAAGCUAUAGGACGUUGUGCGUCGAGCAUAAAGGAGGUUUCGGAUUCCUGCCUAAGUGGUUUAGUGUCGCUGUUAUCAAAUAAAGAUGAAAAAAUCGUUGGAGAAAGUGUAGUCAUUAUUAAGAAGCUAUUACAACAAAACCCAUCUGAACAUACAGAAAUCAUAAAACACAUGGCUAAAAUUAUCGACCGAAUUACAUUCCCUAUGGCCCGCGCGAGUAUAAUGUGGUUAAUGGGUGAGUAUUGCGAUAAAGUCCCUAAAAUUGCUCCAGACGUACUUCGAAUCGCUUGUAGAGGAUUUAUGACAGAGGAAAAUAUUGUAAAGCUGCAAAUUAUCAACUUAGCCUCAAAGUUAAAUUUAACUAAUCAUAAACAGACAAAAUUACUUUGUCAAUACAUUUUUAACUUGGCAAAAUAUGAUCUGAAUUACGACAUAAGAGAUAGAGUCAGAUUCUUACGACCAAUCAUUAUGCCUUCUGAAAAGGGAGGAGCGUUACACAAAUAUGCCAAAAAGAUUUUCUUUACAACAAAGCCUGCCCCUGUCCUAAAAUCUGCUUUCAUCGGUCGUGAUCGAUAUAUCUUGGGCUCGUUGUCUCAUAUACUGGAUCAAGAGGUAUCUGGAUAUAGUGACCUACCGUCGUUCCCUGAAGAAGCCCCUGAUCCGACUGUUCGAAACGUAGAGGUACCAAAAAUUACUAGUAAAUCGAAAAAGAAAAUGACGAGCAUGUUAGAAUCUUUCUAUUCCGAAUCAGAAGAGGAAUCUAACGAAGAUGAAGGUAAGUCUUCUGAAGAAGAAUCAAAUGAUGAUAGUGAAGAAGAUUCGGAUGAAUCAUCCGAGGACGACGAUAGCGAAUCAGAGGAAUCUGAUUCAGAUUCAGAUGAAGAAUCAGAUGAAGAUGACUCAUCGGAAGAAGAGUCUUCUUCAUCGUCUGAAUCUUCGUCGGAAGAAUCAGAAGAAUCGGAAGAAUCUAGUAGUUCUGUCGAAGAAGAAAAACCUAAAGCUAAGAAAGUUAAUACACCACCACCUGCAAAUAACGCCCCAUCGUACGCUCCAAUAAUUGAUAGUAAUAUCUUAGCACCUGUAGAUUAUGCAGCUGCAGAAGUUAUUUCAAAACCAGAACGUUCUACCACGAUGCCAUCUUUUGUACCUUCAUCGCUUCCAAGACAGUCUUUUGAUCUUUUAACCAGUGCUGGCGGACAGGGCCUUGCUGCUGUUUACCGAUUUACUCGAAGCCCUUCAUUACAUGGAUCAAAUUUUGUUUCGGUUGAAAUAACUUUCACAAACCAUAGCCAAAGGGCGAUACGUAAUAUUGGCAUUAAAGAUAAGAAACUGCAAGCAGACAUGAUCAUACGUGAAUUCUCCGAAAUUUCUUCACUUGAAAGCAAUGCAUCAAAAACCGUCCUGAUUGGCAUUGAUUUUAAGGACACAACGCACGCAGCAAAAUUUUCGAUAAGUACACAAGAAUUUAAAUGCCCAGUUAACAUUAAAGCUGUAGUGGGAGAACUUGUCAAACCUAGUAAAAUUAGCCCGGAAAGUUUCAAAAAAGAGCAAGGUAAACUAGCCGGGAUGUAUGAAGUGUCCGAUAAUUUUAAUAUAUCAUCUUCGUUAAGUGCUCAAACGAUAUGUUCUCGAGUAGUGAAAGUCUUAAGCUGUAGUGUGAUCAAUAUAGAAGAAAAAGAGAAUAGUUUAAAAUGUUAUUUUGCUGCGCAAACUAUAUCUGGCAAUCACUAUCUUUUAGUAACCUUGCACCUUCGUAAUUCAACUAAUUGCUCCGUUACGGUAAAUUGUGAAAAAAUUGUUUUCAACUCGAUGUUGACUAAGGAUCUUAAAACAGAAUUAACAACAAAUUAA